UACAUUACCAACUGUCCAUCAUCUUCAUCAUCCCCUGAUUAUUCCAAUCCAACAACAAAUAACCAUAACACAAAUCAAACAAAUCUGCAUACAAUGGAGGCUACACUGCUUUCUUCGCCAGCUUCGAUUUCACCUCUCCGAUUCCAUCCAUUGGUACUUUUGCCAACAUCCCCGAAGAAGAUGAUGAAGAUGCUGAGCGUCUCUGCUGCGGCGGCUUCUUCAGGGAAAGACCAUUACUACGGAGGAGGGAGACUGGUGGACGAGAACAUGAUCGUUCUCAGGAAACGCAUCCACGAGACGAAGAUGGUCGAGCGUAACUACGAGCCUCCUUCCCACUGGAUGGAUUGGGAGAAGCGUUUCUACAGCAGCUACGACUCUGUUAUCUGCGACUCCGUUGGUCUCCUUCAGAGCUUCCUCAUGAACUCUCGCCCCACCGUCGCUAUCGCUACGCUGCUUUUCCUCACCGUCAGCCUUCCCGUUUCCUCCACCGCCAUCGCCUUUCGCCUUCUUGACCUCCUUCAUUGGCUUCUCGCCGCCGCUACCUCUGCCACCGUGGCCUGAUCUGAUGCCCUGAUGCCAUUCUUUUAAUCACGCAUGUGAAUAUAUAUACUAUAUAUUAGCUUAAUUUGUAAACCAACCAUAUAUAUAUAUUCUUUGAUUAUUUAUCUGAUGAUUGAUUUUUCUUAUAUAUAUUAGCUUAAGCAGUAAGAUAUGCUUGUAAUUUUCCUUGAUACGUCAAUGAAUGCGAUGAUAA